AUUCAUUAAUUUUUGAACCACCUUCAAGUUUGAUGGGCGAUUUUUAAUCGUUUUCGUAGUUUACACAAUCCGAGUAUGUACUGGUUUCAGAUUCUUCAAUCUCAAUCAAUUGUUAACAGACCAAUUUACAUGAAACUGUGGACUUUAUUCGGGAUCCAAGUGAAGUUGGAAACAAUCAAAAUCUUAUCUUUACUUUUGUUUACGUGAAUAUGACAAUAUUUAUUACAUUUUUUGUUCAGAGAAUUGAUUGAUAGUCUAAUGAUGCCUCAUCGGAACAGAAGAGAGGGAAAUGAACCACCAUAAAUCAACUGUUUUGUAGGACUCACAUUGGUAGCUUCGUUGUCCAUUGGAUUACAAGAAAUGUUUGUAUCAAAUUAACAAAUCUUCAUCUAUUUUGAUUUUUUGGCUGAAUUAUCUAUUCAUUAGCUUUGAUGGACCACUUGUGGUAACCAAUGUACACCUAUCACGAUAAUUAUUUGUUUUGGACCGAAAUCAGGAUAAGAUAUGGAAAAAAUAAAACACAAUGCAACAAUUUAGUUUCUUUUCAAGUGUUUUCCUCUCAUCUUCACCUUCCAAAUUGACUUUAGAGUUGUUUUGUAUCCAGUGUAACUAUUUCAAUUGAUAAUGUCAUUUGUUCCCAAACCAUAUGUUUCUACCAAUGCUAUGCAUUGGCCAUGUACUCCUACUGCUUGGUCCAUUUGUCCAAAAACUGGUAAAGAGUUCGUCAAGCUUGUUUGGGACCCAUUAAUAGCUCCAUUGGAUCGAAUGUCCGGAAUUGAUAGGUCAAUAUUAACAGCAGAUAAAGAGCAACCCUGGGAUCUGUUUAUCGAUGGAGUGCAAACCAUUAAAGAUAUUGAGAAGAAUCACCUUAAUACUGGAAACAAGGCAUUAGAAGAUAUUUUUGCUUUCCAAUGUUUAUACUGUUGGACCACGUUCAAGCGAAUGAAGGACUGUGCUAAUCAUAUUUUGGGUCGUCGAGAAAGAAAAGGAAUCCGUUUUUGUAUUGAUUGUGUCAGCCGAGUUGAAGAUGAUGGACUCAAGUCAGCCAAAGGAUUGCCAAAAAUCAUUCCGAAACCGAAAAAAUUUCCCUGGGCAAAAAUUGUUUGUCGUGACCCUGAUUUUGCCGAUCAUCGUAUUCCCAUGAAAAUUCGCUCUGAAUUCAAUAAAUUCCAUUCUUCUUAAUCCUCACGAUUCAUCCUAAAUUAUCAGUAUUUAUUAAGAAAACCUUUUCAAAUUUUUAGGCAAGCUAACAAACAUAUUUGAACACAAUCUCAUGGAAGUCAACUUCACUCGAGUGUUUGAAAUUUUUUAUUAAAUUCAGGACUUAUCCAUUUCUUUCAUUCCACUCACAAUUAUACUCAUGUAACAGGA